AUGGUGGCCAUUGAAGGACUAGGUCUUGUGCAAGGCUCCGUGGGUCGCACUGCUUGGACCGGUCGACCGAUCAGCCAGUUCCACAGCAUAAAGUACGCCGAAGCGCCCACCGGUGAUCUGCGCUUUCGUGCUCCCGUCAGUGUUAGACCUUGGCCAGGAGUGUUGGACGCUUCCUCCGCGAGUCGGCCCUGUCCACAGGUGCGCCUCACCACGACCGCAGACGAUCCGAAGGCCGAGGAUUGUCUUUCGCUUUCCAUCUACACGACCAGCUGGUUGCUUAUCGGGGUCCUGUGGGCGGCGCUAUCGCUGGGUGGCCAUGUUAGCGGUCAGCAAAACACGCCGAUCGUCGUGAUUGAUGGUCUCGGCAGCGUACAAGGCACGCGUGGCCGAACGGCCUGGACCGAUCGGGAGAUUUUCAAGUUUCACAACAUACGCUACGCCGAGGCUCCGGUAGGCCAGCAGCGAUUCGUCGCUCCGAUAGCCGCCAAACCGUGGAGCGGCAUCUUCAAUGCGGCCGUCCCCGGGCGACCCUGUCCACAGGCGGGACUGAACGGUACCGGUAGUGAGCUGCUGUCCGAGGAUUGUCUUACCCUCUCGGUGUACACGCACAGUACGACCUCCGCCAACCGGCCUGUGAUGGUGUUCAUACACGGUGGAGCGUUCGUGAUGGGUUCCGCCUCGGACUACGGCCCAGAAUAUCUGCUCGAGCGGGACAUCGUACUCGUGGUCAUACAAUAUCGCCUCGGACCGCUCGGAUUCCUGUCGACGGGAACGGCCAAUAUCCCCGGAAAUGCCGCCAUGCUCGAUAUGAUUAUGGCCCUCGAGUGGGUCUCCCAGAACAUACACUCCUUCGGUGGGGACAAUGCGCGGGUGACACUGUUUGGCGAAUCGUAUGGGGCGGCCGCAGUGUCGGCGCUGCUCUACAGUCCCCUCGUUCACAGCUCCCUCUUUAGCCGGGCAAUCAUCCAGUCCGGAUCAAUCUUUGCUCCGUGGGCCACGUGUCACUCGCCGAAGGAGGGCGCCAUGGACAUUGCUCGGUUGGUGGGGUGCGAUCGACCGGCCGAAAGGGUGGACGACUGUCUGAGGACCGUAUCCGCUUACUCGCUCAUGCAAGCCUACGAGCAGCACAUGAACACCCAAGUCAACACCAGUGGCUAUCCGGACGUGUCGGGAGCGUGCAUUGUCAUCGGCGAUGCUUCUCCAUUCCUGCCAAAGCAUCCGAAAACAUUGGCCCGUGAUGCGAUACGAAAGGUCGAACUGAUGGCCGGGACUACCUCGCAGGAGGGGCUAAUGUUUUGGGAGACCAUCCACCGGUACGGGCUGUCGUACAAUCCGGCCACGAUGAGAUCGUCCUGGGAUCUGUUCCAAUUGGUGGACAUCAUCAACGAGCGGUUCGGAUCGAACUCGAAUGACGGGUCCCAAAUCUGGUACCAGAUCUUCAACACGUUUGACUCGCCUGAGCUCGAUCGGGCCAACUACACCGAGCUUUUGCCAGCGUUGGUCGAUAUCUGCGGGAACUUGGCCAUCAAAGCACCGGUCCUGCAGGAUGUGACGCGCGUUGCUCACGCAAACGAGGGCAAAGUAUUCCUGUACAGCUUCGACUACGAUGGCAUUUCCUCGUUGCACAACUUUUCGGCCAACCCCGGGUUCGAUUAUCCGUACAAAAACAGCUCGUUCCACGGUGAGGACCUGUUCUACCUAUUUCCCCUGGGACAGCGGCUCAACCAGCAGGACACCGAGAUCGCCAAAAUGAUGGUGGACCUUUGGACGUCCUUUGCCAGCAGAGGUGUACCGACUUCGGUGUCCCUAAAGCAAAGCUGGAACCCUGUCACACGUUUCUACGGUCCGUACCUGAAGAUUAAUCACGUAACUGAGGAGCGAAACAAUUACUUCAACGAAUUCACUGCAUCGACCGAAAAAGCACGCCGCCAACGUUCUGCAGCACCGCGACUGGAGCUUUCAUUUGUCGUACUGGUAAUGAGUAACAUUUUAAUGUAUUAUUUAACUGUUGCCAAAUAA